GCAGUGUUGGAACCUCGUGUCCUGGGCCUGGCUCUGCCUCUGCCCUGCUCUGUGACCGUGGGCAGAUACUUUUCCCUCUCGGGGCCUCAGUUUCCUUAUCAGGAUAUGUGGGGAUGACAUUCAAAAUAUUUAAGCGUGGUGUGGCUCAGGACAGUCACCGGUCUGCUUCAAAAAUCCACUGUAGUGAGACUGUGCUCCCUGGAGCCAGCCGUGACCCAGUGAUCCUUGGGUUGUAGCUUGUUUGAGGUUCAAGGGACCUUAGAAGAUCAUCCAGUACAGGGGCUGGCAAACCAUAUCCUUCAGGCCCAUCUCCUGUUUCGAUAAAUAAGAGUUCGCUGGGACACUGCCACUCCCGCUCAUUUGCAUAUUGUCAGCGGACGCUUAAGGCUGCAACGGCAGAGUUGAGUAGUUGCAGCUGACUGCGUGGCCCACAAAGCCUAAAGUAUUUACUAUCUGGUCCUUUAUAGGAAAGGUUUGCUCACUCCUGAUCUAAUAGCUAUUAGAUCAGAUGUGAAAACUGAUCUCUAGACACAGAAACUGAGUCUCGGGAGGCAGAAGGGUUUGCUCGCCACGGGUCCCGUGUGAUGGAGGCAGAGCUGGCCGAGGGAGCCCAGGUCUCUGGACUCCUGUCUAGUGCUCCCCACCCCACUCAUUCCCCCACCCUGCCUUUCCUUUUGUAAAGAGGCUCAGACCCCAGAUCACGAGCUCUGGAAGGCUGUGUCUUAUUCAUUGUUAUAAUCAGCACAGAAACUUGUUCGGUCUUGAGUGCACAGCGCUCCCCCUGGUUUAGCAUCUACAGAAAGCUGUGGGUUUUGUUUGAAAUGGCCCUGUGUGGAGGUAGAACUACUGCUAGUAAUUGUAGUUAGAUUACUAAACGAUCACAGUCUUCGAGGCACUGGGCUAAGCACUUACUUCAUUAGCGCAUUGUCUUCUCACAGCAGCCCUUAGGAGGUUGCAGUUACUGGAAACGGAGCUAUAGAGCAAGUAACUCCAAAGCCUGGAGUUACUGAGCAGUGGAGUUGGAGUCAUGCCCAGGCCACAUGGCCCCAAAGCCUGGGUCCUGAACCACUGCACUGUGCUAGGGGGUUGUCGGUGUGGGGUUGUUCUCAGAGACAAUCUGAUGGAGGGAUCGUCUGGGAUGGUUCGUGUUAAGCCUUGUUUAAGGAGGCCUUAAUCAAGACAGAAGCUUCUCUCUACACAAAAGUCCAGGAGCUACUCCAGGCUGAUGUGGCUGCUCCAUGAUCAGUCAGGCUCCUCCUCUCUUGUUGCCCCACCAUCAUCAGCAUCUACUUUCUGCCGUCAUUUCUGGAUGCUAGACAGGAGAAAGAGGGAAGGGUAGAGGGCACACAUCUUCUCUUUAAGGGGAUGGCCCAGAAGUUGUACACAUCACUUCUCCUCACAUCCCAUUGGCCAGAACUGAAUCACAUGAUCACACUAGCUGCAAGGGAGGCUGGGGCAUGUAGUCUUCAGCUGGAUGGCCCAGUCACAAUUCCAGGGUACAACUGCAAGGAGGAGUUCCAGAUCCACGAUGAACUGCUCAAAGCCCAUUACACGCUGGGCCGGCUCUCAGAUGCCACCCCAGAGCACUACCUGGUGCAGGGCCGCUACUUCCUGGUGCGGGAUGUUGCAGAGAAGAUGGAUGUGCUGGGCACUCUGCAGAGCUGUGGGGCCCCCAACUUCCGGCAGGUGCGGGGCGGGCUCACUGUGUUCGGCAUGGGGCAGCCCAGCCUCUCAGGAUUCAGGCGGGUUCUUCAGAAACUCCAGAAGGACGGACACAGGGAGUGCGUCAUCUUCUGUGUGCGGGAGGAGCCCGUGCUGUUUCUGCAUGCUGAUGAGGACUUCGUGCCCUACACGCCUCGAGACAAGCAGAGUCUUCACGAGAACCUCCAGGGCCUCGGACCUGGGGUCCAGGUGGAGCGCUUGGAGCUGGCCAUCCGGAAGGAGAUCCACGACUUUGCCCAGCUGAGCGAGAACAAGUAUUACGUGUACCACAACACUGAAGACCUGCGGGGGGAGCCCCACGCCGUGGCCGUCAGGGGCGAGGACGAUGUGCACGUGACCAAGGAGGUGUACAAGCGGCCCCUCUUCCUGCGGCCCACCUACAGGUACCACCGUCUGCCCCUGCCAGAGCAAGGGGCCCCCCUGGAAGCCCAGUUUGAUGCCUUUGUCAGUGUCCUCCGGGAGACCCCCAGCCUGCUGCUGCUCCGAGAUGCCCACGGGCCUCCCCCUGCUCUCCUCUUCAGCUGCCAGACGGGCGUGGGCAGGACCAACCUGGGCAUGGUUCUGGGCACCCUCAUACUGCUUCACCACAGUGGGACUGCCUCGAGGCCGGAGGCUGCCCCUACGAAGACCAAGCCACUGCCCAUGGAGCAGCUCCAGGUGGUCCAGAGCUUUCUCCACAUGGUGCCCCAGGGGAGGAGGAUGGUGGAGGAGGUGGACAGAGCCAUCACCGCCUGUGCAGAGUUGCACGACCUGAAGGAAGUAGUCUUGGAAAACCAGAGGGAGCUGGAAGGCAGCUCGCCAGAGACCCCGGCUCAGGAAAGCGGCAGCCAGCGCGGUGUCCGGCAGAGGGCGCUGUGGAGCCUGGAGCGAUACUUCUACCUGGUCCUGUUUAACUACUAUCUCCAUGAGCAGUACCCGCUGGCUUUUGCCCUCAGUUUCAGCCGCUGGCUGUGUGCCCGUCCCGAACUGUACCGCCUGCCUGUGACACUAAGCUCAGCGGGGCCUGUGGCCCCUCGGGACCUCAUCACCAGUGGCUCCCUGGGGACAGAUGACCUCGUCUCCCCGGACGCACUCAGCACCGUCAGAGAGAUGGGUGUGGCCAACUUUCGGCGGGUGCCCCGUUUGCCCAUCUACGGCACGGCCCAGCCCAGUGCCAAGGCCCUGGGGAGUAUCCUGGCCUACCUGACCGACAACAAGAGGAAGCUGCAGCAGGUCGUGUGGGUCAACCUGAGAGAGGAGGCCGUGCUGGAGUGUGACGGGCGCACCCACAGCCUGCGGUGGCCUGGGCCCCCCACGGCCCCUAGCCAGGUGGAGAACCUGGAGACCCAGCUGAAGGCCCACCUGAGCAUGCCUCCCGCAGGCACCCAGGGCCCACGGACCCACAGGUUCCAGAUGUGCCUCACGACGCAGGAGGUCUUCAGCCAGCACCGCGGGGCCUGCCCCGGCCUCACCUACCACCGCAUCCCCAUGCCAGACUUCUGCGCCCCCCGCGAGGAGGAUUUUGACCGGCUGCUGGGGACCCUGCAGGCUGCGCUCGCCAAGGACCCGGGUACCGGCUUCGUGUUCAGCUGCCUCAGCGGCCAGGGCCGGACAACGACCGCCAUGGUGGUGGCUGUGCUUGCCUUCUGGCACAUCCGAGGCUUCCCCGAGGUGGGCGAGGAGGAGCUCGUGAGCGUGCCUGAUGCCAAGUUCACCAAGGGCGAGUUUGAGGUGGUGAUGAAGGUGGUGCAGCUGCUGCCUGAUGGGCACCGCGUGAAGAAGGAGGUGGACGCGGCGCUGGACACGGUCAGUGAGACCAUGACGCCCAUGCACUACCACCUGCGGGAGAUCAUCAUCUGCACCUACCGCCAGGCGAAAGCGGCCAAGUCAGAGCGGGAGGCCCGGAGGCUGCAGCUGCGGAGCCUGCAGUACCUGGAACGCUACAUCUGCCUGGUGCUCUUCAACGCGUACCUCCACCUGGAGAAGGCCGGCUCCUGGCAGAGGCCCUUCAGCGCCUGGAUGCGGGAGGUGGCAACAAAGGCCGGCAUCUACGAGAUCCUCAACCAGCUGGGCUUCCCCGAGCUUGAGAGCGUGGAGGACCAGCCCUUCUCGAGGCUGCGCUGCCGGUGGCAGGAGCAGAGCCACGGCCCCGAGCCCUCCGCUGCGGGGGACUUCCUGUAGGAAUGGGACUUCCUGUAGGACGCGCUCCCCCUGCCCCUGCUACCGCCGCCUCCCUCGGGGCCACCUCCUACCCUCGCAGGCUGGGGGUGCCGGUGCUCUUCACUGACAGUGGCCCUGAGAAAUGAUUCCUCAGCUUAGCAGAGAGACUGGCAUGGGUGGGGACCCCUUUUCUGAAAGAGUUUUUAUAGGACAAUUGGCGCACAGUGAUACCUUGUGAAUGGCAGGCGCGGGGAGGGCCUGCAGGAAGGCCGGUGUGGCAUCACGUCUCCAAGGAGCUCACUCCCCAAGUUGCCAAGCGAAACCCCUCGCCGCUUCGCCCUCCCCUCUCCCCCGAGCGGCUCUGAUGGCCCCUGGCGCGGAGCAGCCCUGGCCAGUGUUGGUUUCCCUCUUUCCCUCUCUCGUGGCUCUCCCACGCGGCUUCUCCCGUUUUGCUGCUUGAGCACUGCCCUGGGGGCCCCGGGCUCCCUAGGGAGUAGACUGUGUGCUGGCUGAUUUGUUACCUUAAAGGCAGCUUUACCCAGUUUUCUUGCCUCUCAUGCCUCGUCUCAACCUGGAGACUUGAAGAAGGACAACCACACGCCCGGUGGGUCCCGCAGGGGGCCUCUGCCUCUCCUUCCUUUGCCCUCUCCCCUCCCCUGGGCUGGCAGGACUGUGGAGGUUUCCAGGGAGCUGAAAACGAAAUGGAGUCCCUCCCGGGGGAAGAAAGAGCUUUCAGAAGGUGCAUGCAGCCCUGUGGAAGAGGCCAGCUCCGUUUCUCUGGAACCAUGGGCGGGAGGUCUAGGGGAGCACUGCCUCCCUGCGCCGCCAUCCAGAGUGGCCUGUGCCCCGACCUGCUGUGGCAGGAGCCCCGGAGGCUGCCGGGUGACCCUGAGCGAGCAGUGGGGCGUGAGAGCGGACCAAGGAUGGCGUGAGGGGGCACUUGGAUUCCAGGCCAUCCUUGCUGAGCAUCCUUGAGCUGCCUUCCAGUGGGGGCAGAAGGGGCCAAGUGCUGCUGAGUUAGCAGCUGCCGGGACCAGCUCUGGGCAGACAGUGGGAGGGUUGCUCGGAGAGGCAGGCGGUGUUGAGCUGAGUCUGCGGCUCUCCCUCUGGGGGCUGGUGUCUCCCGAAGCACAGGGGCUGAAUGGUGUGGACGCUGUCCUCCUGGCCUCGCUCGUUGGGGCCAGGGAGGUCUCUCUUGGUUGGACACCGGCACUUGUGCAGAGAAACAGGUGAUGUGUCACUGGUCAUGGUAUUUUGAAAAGGGGGAAGAGGCCAAAGUUGUUCACGUCUACCUAGUGUUGGAAAAUUUAUGACCGUUUUAGCUGAAUUCUUUUGCAAAUCUACUGUAUGUCUGUUCACUACCUUUUCAGAUUUGUUGUUGUUUUCGGUUUUAUUUUUGCAUGUAGUAAAAAGUGUUAAUUUUGUUGCAGACAAGGUCUAGAGGAGGGGUCAGAGAUCAGGGCUGAACUGGGAGGGAUCCUUUGCAUUCUCAUGGUUGGCCCUGACUUUCAGCUGUGCUGGGACUACUGGCUGGUCACAUCACCUCUCUGCCUCAGUUUCCCCAUCUGUAAAAUGGGAGAAUAAUACUUGCCUACCUACCUCACAGGGGUGUUGUGAGGAUUCAUUCGUGAUUUUUUUUUUUUUUUUUGUACAGAGCUUUUGAGCAUUAAAAGUGGCUA